AUGUAUCACCCUAACCGCAAAAAGGGCUCCAACAGCGGCAGUAAUAACCAAUUCCCCUUUCCCUUUCUCUCUCUACCACCCGAGAUCCGCAAUCAAAUCUACUACACUCUUUUCAACUGCGACCUGGCUAUUCACCUCUUCCACUUAAAAGACAAACUCUACCUCGUCCGCUGCAGCCAAUCCACCCCGCAUGUCGACCAUGCCUGCUGCCGGCACUCCACUCUAGUUGACCGCAGGCUGCAAGAACUAAGCUAUACAUAUGCUCAGGCAUUACAGAACGGCAACACGAACAAGCCCAUUGCAGGCACGCCUCAGUUUUUCCUCACUCGUCUGCCCACCGCCAUCCUAUACACCAACAAGCAGCUCUACAACGAGGCAUCCGCAAUGCUGUACGGCGAAAUGUCCUUCGAAGCCGCAGAGCUAACAACCUGGCUCCUAUUCGCGCACAUGGUAUCAGCACGACAUCUAGCACUCGUCAAACGGCUGCGGAGUACCUGGGUGGGUCUUCCGUCCCUGACAAUGGCGCCUGUGCGUCCUGGUGGAGUUGGUUAUGCAGAGUAUGAGCAGUAUACGUUAUGGGAUGAGCCGUAUGAGGAGUUUUGGGAGCUUGUUAAGGGGAAGAUGGAGGGUUUGGUGGAAUUGGGUUUUUGUAUGAACUAUGAAGGCCAGUAUUUGGAUCGGUCAACGGGGGCGAAAUGGUUGAAGCCAUUGUUGGAGGUUAGGAGAUUGAAUAAGUUGGAGGUGUGGGUUAGGGAUCGGAUUGGGGGAGAAGAUGGGAAGGGCGGGGAGGAUGUGGUUGCGGCGAAGAGGGAGGGAGAUGUUUUGAUGCAGUAUUUAAGGGGCGUAAUGUGUCAGGGGAGGGAGGAAGGGUGGCAGUGA